AUGCCACUACAGCGCUCUCCUCCGCCGUCUACUACUACGACACCAACGCUCACGUCGUUGUGGUCCAAGAGCAAAAGCCAACUUGACUCUGGUUCAAAUAUGAGCGUACUAGACUCGGAUACUGACAGAAACAUUCCACUGCGGAAACCGAAAAGAAAACGCAUAGACCAAUAUGAUGAAAUAAAAAACCUAAAAGAAGAUAUUAUGAAUAUGCUUUCUUCUUGGAAAUCAGAGCAAGAAGACAAGAUUACGUCAAUAUUUACCACAGUUAAUUUAUUAAAAGACGAAUGCAGUGAUAUAAAAAAAUCGAUUCAAUAUAUGUCUGACAAGUACGACGACGUUCUAAUUAAACUAACAACGGUUGAGGAAGAAUUAAAAUCAAAACAAAAACAAAUAAAUGAUAUGUGCCAAACAAUUGAGAACAUGGAAUCCUCGCUUAAAUUAACCAGCCUAGAAAUUCGGAACAUUCCUGUCAAAGAAAAAGAAACAAAACAGGACUUGGUGAACUCGGUUUUGGCCAUUGCGGAAACCCUUAAAUGUCCGUUAGUAAAAUCACAGAUAAAUAAUGUGCACCGAACUGGAAAAAGUUCCGCAUCUGAGAGACCCAUAUUGCUUAGUCUUGUAUCCAUUCUCACCAAGGAGGAGAUAUUACAUAACUAUAAGAGAUUUAACAAAGAGAGUAGAAGCUCAAAACUAAAUACCACCCACAUAAAUAUUACCGGCCCACAGAAGCAAAUCUUUAUAUCAGAAUCAUUAUCAACCAGAGCCAAGAAACUCUUCUUUCUCACCCGUGAAUUUGCUAAGAAAAAUAAUUAUUCAUUUUAUUGGACAGUUCGAGGUAUUAUCUACAUCAAAAAGGAAGAAGGUUCGCCAGCCAUACGUGUUGAUAACGAGUGUACCCUGAAAAAUCUGAAACAAAAGUGA